UUAUCUCAUUCGCCAUGGCUGGAAAGGAAAUCAUCGUGGUCUUCGGAGCCACUGGAGCUCAGGGUGGUUCGGUGGUCAAGGCUCUUCUUCAGGACAGCUCAUUUGUGGUCAGGGCGGUGACUCGUGAUGUCACCAAACCAGCAGCUCAGAAGCUGAAGGAAGCCGGUGCUGAGGUCGUAGCUGCGGAUCUGGAUGAUGAGACAAGUGUGAAGGCCGCCCUCAAGAGAACAGAUGGAGCUUUCGUGGUUACCAACUUUUGGGAACAUAUGGAUAAGGAUAAGGAGGUCAAACAGGUAACAAAUAAUGCCAAUGACUUCACUUUGGGUAAACAGAUUGCAGAUCUCUGCAAACAGCAGGGCCUACAGCAUGUGAUCUACAGUGGUCUGGAGAAUGUCCACAAACUGACUGGGGGCAAGCUAGAGGUUCUUCACUUUGACAGCAAAGGAAAAGUAGAAGAAUAUUUCAGACAAAUCAAAGUACCCAUGACCAGUGUAAGGCUCGCCUUCUACUUUGAGAACUUCUAUACACUCUGCAGGCCACAGAAAUGCCAAGAUGGGAAGACGUAUCAGCUGGUCAUUCCUAUGGGAGACAUUCCGAUGGAUGGGAUAUCAGUCACGGACCUCGGUCCAGUUGUCUGCAGCAUCCUGAAGAGUCCCUCAGAAUACAUUGGGAAGGAUAUCGGACUGAGUGCAGAAAAACUAACCAUCAACCAAUAUGCAAAGAUCACGUCCAAGGUGACUGGCAAGACCAUCGUAGACUCUAAGAUUACUCCUGAGGCAUACGAAAAACUGAGCUUCCCAGGAGCACAGGAGAUGGCCAGUAUGUUCUUAUUCUACCACAUGAGACCGGACCGCAACGUGGAGCUGACCCGCAAACUCAACCCCGCUGUUAAAACCUUCAAGCAGUUUAUGGAAGCAAAUAAGGAAGCUUUUAAGGACUUGUAA